AUGAAAAAAGGAUACAAAGAAGAAGUUGAUGCUCAAGUAGCUAAACUCUUUUACACCAGUGUCAUUCCUUUUAAUGUAAUUAGAAAUUCAGCCUUUGCAAAGUUGUGUGAAAUGAUUGGUAAGUAUGGAGUUGGAUACAAACCACCAUCUUAUCAUGAUAUUAGAGAGAAGCUCUUAAAACAAGCUGUGAACAAAACAGAUGCAAUCCUUGAGGAUUAUAAGGAGGAAUGGAAGACAACUGGAUGUACAAUUAUGUCUGAUGGUUGGACGGAUAAAAAAGGACGUUCUAUUUGCAACUUCUUGGUGAAUAGUCCUAAAGAGAUGGUUUUUCUUUACUCACUUGACACUUCAAACAUUUCAAAAACAACUGAUAAAGUUUUCAAAAUGUUAGAUAAUGUUGUCGAGUUUGUUGGAGAAGAAAAUGUUGUUCAAGUUGUCACUAAUAAUGCUGCAAAUUUCAGGGCAGAGAGAGUUGUUGAUGCAAAAGAGGGAAAAAUUGCAUCAUUGUUGACCAUGUUUAGCUCUAAGGAGUGGAAGACAAACAAGUUUGGAACUUCACAAGAGGGGAGAAAAGUAGAACAUGUGGUACUAGAUAGCCAGUUUUGGAAGAAUGUCUCCACAUGCCUGAAAGUUGUUGCCCCUCUUAUGGUAGUCUUAAGAUUAGUGGACUCAGAUGUAAAACUCGCAAUGGGUUUCAUUUAUGAAGAGAUGGAUUGUGCAAAAGAGAAGAUUAUGUCCAACUUUAACAAUAUAAAAAAGAGUUAUGAAGAGGUUUGGAGAAUAAUUGAUGCUCGAUGGAAUAAUCAACUUCAUAGGCCUUUGCAUGCAGCUGCCUAUUUUCUAAACCCCAUUUCCACUAUGAACCUAACAUUAAAUGUGAUGAUGGUGGAGAGAGGACUUUUUGGAAUGGAAGAUGCAAAGGAGUGCAAGAAAGAGUUAAAUCCUGGAGAAUGGUGGGACAUAUUUGGUGAUGGAACUCCGAAGUUGAAGAGAUUUGCUAUUCGAAUUCUAAGCUUGACUUGUAGUUCUUCUGGAUGUGAGCGUAAUUGGAGCUCAUUCGAAAUGGUUCAUACAAAGAGAAGGAAUCGUUUGCAUCAACAAAAGAUGAAUGAUUUAGUUUAUGUGAUGUAUAACUACAAGUUAAAAAGUAGACAAAUUCGAAAAAUUGUUGCUCUUCCAUUUGAUGACAUUGAAUCAGAUGAUGAAUGGAUAACUGAAGAGGCAAAUGAUGUUGUUGAGAUUAAGCAAGUUGAAGAAGCGGCUGCAGCGGAAUGGUUUACGGUGCAGUUGAUGAUGGUGGAAGUGUGCUUCGCGACAGCUGACGCGAAGUUGAUGGUGGAAGGAGAGGAUGAUGUCACAAUGACAUGGUGGUGGCAGUGGGGCUAUGGUGGCAAUGCGAACUGGGAAGAAGAUGAUGAUGAAGGCGCGUGA